CUCUGCUUUUUCUCCAUUUUGGGGAGCUUAUCUAGGCUUGGAGUAGGUCAUUUAGCAUGCUACAACAAUUCAUAUAUUUCUGGAAUAAUUUGGUCCAACUUCCUGUCUUGUUUUUUGAUGGGUUUGUUUAAAUUUAUAAAAACAGAUAUAAAACACAUUAAUCUUUUGAGAUUAGGUAUGACAACAGGGUACUGUGGAUCGUUUUCAUCAUUUUCCUCCUUGAUUUUAGAAGCAGUAUUGCUUACUUUGUCAAUGACAAACAAGGAAAAUAACUUGAUCUUCAAUGACAAUGCUUAUAACUCGUAUCCCAAUAAAGCCUAUGGUCUAUUGAAUCUAGUUUUAUUCAUUAUAGCUCAAUUUUCACUAUCGUUUUCUGGGUAUUUAUUUGGUUUAAGUAUAGCGAAUGAAAUUAAUAAUCGUUUAUCCAAACGUAAUGAUUUAAGUGGUAAUAAAUCAAGCAACAAGCAAAGAAGAUUGGCUCCAUUUCUUAUAGUUUUAGAAUUAUUUGGUAUAAUCUUUUGGAUAGUAUUCAUUUUUCUAUCAAUUUUCGAAAAAAGCUGGAGACACGUUACAGUUGCUAAUUGUUUUGCGCCACUUGCAUGUUACUUGAGAUAUAUUUUAUCAUUUUAUUUUAAUAAUAAAUUUGCCCAUGUGAAAUUCUUGGGAACUUUUUUGGCAAACCUGAUUGCUACAAUUUUAAUUUCAAUUUUCAUAGUGUUGAAUCGUUCCUCGGGUUUUAAUUUAAUUGGAAAAUCCUUUAUAAAUUGUCAAAUGUUGGUUGCAUUGUCUGAUGGAUUUUGUGCAGUUUUAUCAACUGUUUCAACAUUCAUUCUGGAAUUACAUUCUCAAACAUUCCUAGAUGCACUCACAUAUGGAUCUAUUAGUAUAAUUGUAUGCUUUCUUUUGUCCUUUGCAAUCAUCGGCUCUUAUAACUGGACGAUUGGGCUA